AUGAAAUUUAGUAUUUUUUCUGUUGUAAUUUGUUUUGUUAUUUUAGCUUAUUCAGCUAGCUUAAAUAGCCAAAAGGAAAAAAAGAAAAAAAGCGAUAUACAUAUCGAAAGCAAUAAAAUUGAUAAAAAUAUAAAAAAAUUCGACUAUGGUACAUUGAAGAAAAAAUUUCACUUAAACGAUAAGGAUGAUAAUAUAAAGGAUGUUAAGAAAUAUAACGAAAUAGAAGAAAAUGAAAAAAAUAAGAAACCUGAAGGAAUAUCAUUAAGCUUGAAAAAAACAAAUUCUCUUGAAGAAACAUUACAACAAAUAAAUAAUGAAUAUAAUAAAUGUAUUGAUAUGAUUGAAAAAGAGAUUCAGGAUAAUGUAGAUAACAAAGAAAGUUUAAAAGUAAAAAGCGAAUUAGAAAAAUUAUGCGUAAUAAAAAAAGAAAAAGAUGAAAAAGAAGAAUAUGAGAAAUAUAAACAGAUGAAAGAAAAAUCUAUGCAAAUGAAUAUGGAUAUUGAAAAAGAAGAAAGAAAAAAAAUAAAUGAUGAAAUAAAAUCUCAAUUAGGUAUAUCUAGUAAAAUAGAAGUAUCAAAUGAAGUUUUAAAUGAAUCAUUGUCUGAAAUAAAAAAUUGCAUAAGAAAUUAUAGAGAAAAAUGUCCGCUUAACUGGAAAAUAAAUGAAGAUAAUAAAGAAUAUUGUAUGGCACCUGAAUCAUAUAAAGGACCAUGUGAAAAAAAAUUAAUAACUAAUUUAGAUAUAAGUGAGAAAAUUAAAAUAGAAAAAAAAUGUUAUAUAUUUUGGCCAUGUGAAAAUAAUUGUAUACAAGAUUUCGAAAUAUCUAUAUGUCCUUUAGAAUGGACAAUGAAAAAUGAAGAAUAUUGUAUAUCCCCUGAAAAUUAUGUAGGGAAUUGUUUGAAUAAAAUUAAUUUCAUAAAUAUGACAAAUAAAGAAAAAGCUAUUUAUUCUAAUUUAUGUGAUGUGAGAUGGCCAUGUAAAAAAAAAUGUGAACAUGAUUAUUCUGUUCUUUGUCCAUAUGAAUGGAUUGAAGGACAUGAUGGAUAUUGUUUUCCUACACGUAAUUAUAAAGGAAAUUGUAAAAAUAAAAUAUAUUUAAAACAUUUAGAUAAAAUAAUGAAGCAGACAUAUGAACAGAAAUGUCAAUUCAGUUAUCCUUGUAUUAAUUCUUGUGAAAAAAAUUAUGAUGAUUUAUGUCCUAACUUAUGGAUAUCAAUAAAUGGAAAUGAAUGUGCUCCAUCUGAAUAUUAUAAUGGAAGUUGUAAAGAAAAUUAUAUUUUUAAAAAAAAAAAUGUUGAAGAAAAGAAAAUGUUUGAAAAGAUAUGUGAAGUAUCUUAUCCAUGUUUCAAAAAAUGUAAAAGAAAUUAUUCAUACAGUUGUCCUAUUGGAUGGAAAGAAACUUUAUCUUUUUGCUUAGCGCCUAAUUCAUAUAAAUUCAAUUGCAAGAAAUUAAUAAAAAAUGAUAUGAACGAAAAGGAAAAAAAAGAAAUCAGUAAAAAGUGUCACAUUUUUUGGCCUUGUGAAAAUUAUGAAAUACUUUUAAAAAAAUUAAUUUAUAAUAAUAUGACAGAGAAAGAUUAUUUAUCGAUAGUUAAUGGGCCUGUUGAUAAUACAACAGGUAAAGUCAUAUAUAUUUAA